AUGCUACUCGAGGACAUUAUUUGUUUUAUUGGUUUAUGGAAUCUCAGAAUAAUCCGGCAACGGAUCCGGUGGUUUGGUGGACCAGGUUGUUCCUCCAUUGACGGAAUGGUCUCUGAGCACGGUCCUUUCGUUGUUUUACAGGAUGGAAAAACAGUGGUAGAUAAUCCUUAUGCAUGGAACAAGAGAGUGAAUAUGGUUUUUUUGGAACAACCAAUUGGAGUUGGAUAUAGUUAUAGUGACACUCCUGCAGAUUAUCAAACAAUCAAUGAUGAUGUGGCUGCUGCUGAUAUGAAUGGAGCUAUUCGCGACUUCUUUACAAGAUUUCCACAAUAUUUGAAGAAUGAUUUUUACAUUGCUGGUGAAUCGUAUGGUGGAGUUUAUGUGCCAACUGCUGCUUUCAGAGUGAUUCAAGGAAAUCAACAAGGUGAAGUACCAAAGAUUAAUCUUAAGGGUAUCAUGGUUGGAAAUGGUGUCACAGAUGCUGAAAGUGAUGCCAACUCAGUGCCAUUGUUUUACAAGGAACACAGUUUAAUUACUGCUGAGGAUUAUAAUAAGGGAUUCGUUGCUUGCAAGAGAAAUUUCUAUGCCAAUCAGAAUGUGCCAGAUUGUUCAAACUUUUUACAAUUAGUUUCUUCAUCAUUGAAUCAUCUCAAUCCUUAUUAUAUUUAUGAUUCAUGCACUUGGUUAGGUGAUAAUGGAUUAACCAAGAAGAAUUCCAAAAAUCAUCCUCUCUUUGAAUUGUACAAGCAACGCCCAAAAACAAAAAAGCCAUUCAUUGUGGGAGCUGAAAGUGACAGCCCAUGUGUUCCUGACCAUUCAAUCAUUUCAUACUUUAACAAUCCUGCUGUGAGAGCUGCCAUUGGAGCCACUCAUCCAAUUGCCUCACCAUCAGGAUGGCAAGUUUGUUCCACUUUUAUCAAUUACACACAAAUUUAUACAACAUUAUUGCCAUUCUAUUCCAAGUUAUUGCCAGAAAUUAGAAUUUUAGCAUAUUCUGGUGAUGUGGACUGUGUAUUGAAUACAUCGGGAACUAAGGCAGGUCUUGACAAGUUAGGGCUUAAUGUUUCUCUUCCUUACACAAAGUGGAUUCAUUACGAUGAAAAUAAUGACAUUGUUGUGGAUGGAUUUAUUAGAAAAUACUCGAAUGGAAAGGGUUUGACAUUUGUCACAGUUCGUGGAGCUGGUCAUAUGGUACCUCAAUAUAGACCACAACAAGCACUGAGAAUGUUGGACAACUUUUUGAACGACAAAUGGAUUACUAAAAAUUAA